CAAGCAUGCUUGUGUUUUUGGAGCAGGGAACGGGGCAGGAUUUGGGUUGGGAUGGGUAAGACAGUAAGUUGAAGAACAAAUUUACAAAGGAACUUGCGGAAAACAUCUCUGUGAUUUAGGGAACCGACAAGGCCUUGCAGCGGCUUCCCUGCUUUUAUACGAUGCCAGACUUGAACAGGAGAAAGCAUGUCAGAUGUGAAGGAUUUUGAUACCAAUAAACAAGAAUCUACAAACAUUGAUGUAGAUAAGAAAGAGAAUGAUUGUGCAAGCACCGAAAUAAAUGAGGAAGAGAUAAUCAAGAAGAAAUAUGGAGGAAUUUUACCCAAGAAACCUCCAUUGAUAUCCAAGGACCAUGAACAUGCAUUUUUUGAUUCAGCUGAUCGGGCAUUAGGAAAGCAAGGGGCACAAGAAGAUCACAAAAAGGGACCACUCGAAGCUCUUCGGCCAAAAUUGCAGCCCACACCUCAGGAAGUACGGUCCAGGCGAUCUGCGUAUGCUCCUACAGAUGGAGAAGGGAAAUUCUUCAGAUAA